AUGAGGUAACCUUCUUAGGUUUUCUCAUCAAGAAAACGAAGCAAACCUCUGUCCCUGUAUUGACCUAUCUACCUCUCUUAUUCUCAUGUCGUGUUCUGGCUCUUAUUCUCUUAUUCUUUCUCUUCUUCUCCUCUAUUCGGUCACCAUGAAAAGGAGCAGUCAAGAUGCCAUCACCUCAAUUUCUUUUCGCGCCGGUGGAGACCAAACCUAGUGAUUGGUGAUUCACAACUAGCCAAUAUGUCUCCUUGUCAAUAUCUUCUCUUGUCUUCAUUCUAGAUCUGGUCACUGAUGAGGGUGAGAAACUAUAGUUAUUGUUUUAAAUCCUCUCUUUCUUGUUUUUUCACUUAAAUCUCCCAUGCCGGAUCUUUGGUGGUAGCACCUACCCUUUUCUUUGUAGAUUUGGUUCAUGAAAAUUUCAUAAGCUGCAAAUAUGCUUUUUGUCUUUUUUUUUAGUUCGCAGAUCUAAGCUCAUGGUAAGGACUGAUGUGAUCUCAUCUUCCUUUUUUCAUUAUCGUUUCAUAGUAUGAGUUUCUAUCUAAACUACUCAUACAUGGGUGUUAUCUAUAAGGAUACACAUAUUUGUUUGGUAAAUGAACUAUAUAUUAUAUAUAUAGCUAUAUAGUAUUGUAAUGUGUGAACACCUAGAUCUACUCAUAGGUUUCUAAAACGAAUUUGGUUGUAUGAUGAUUGAGACUUGUAUGCGGGUCUUUACAUUGUGUGGGGAUUAAGCAUGUGGGUAGAGUAUAUGAGUUAGAGAAGGGCUUAAGACAUGUGUGUUCUGGUGUAACGUUAUUGAGAGUUCUCGGGUGUGGCAUCAAUUCUUGGUGGGUCAUGCAACCAAAUGAAGUGGUAUGAUUCAUUGCCAGAGCGGGUAGACAGCGUGCCUGCAUCGCAAGGAUACCAAAUGAGGUGGUGCAAUCGUGAGAAUUUGGUGGCUGAUCACACAUGAACCGGUGUCAGUAACGUGAUUUUGUGAAAACUUUGAACUCAAGAGUACCGAUUUAGGUGGUGAUCUCUCAGGCGGUAACAUGUGGGACGCGUGGAUAGAAUGAGGUGGCAUGGUCUCAUGUUGCAACCAUCGGUACUUGUUAAUUGCUCUUUCUUUAUUGGAAGUUUUAGGUAGAGAUUUUUUAUGUUGUGUGGUGAAUUUUGUGAUUAUUUUGGGGCUGUUAGAUUUUUCUUUUGAGAGAAGUGCUCAGGUACUUUUAAUGAGGUAAAAAGUGAUCUGGCAUACUCUCACGUGAUCUAGCAUACUCUUACGUGAUCUGAUACUCUUGGAAAGUGUGGUUGAUUUCGAAAAUACCCCUGACCGAUUUAAUGAAUAUAAUAUAUUCAUAACUCAAAUUCUCUCUCCUCCUCCUCUCUCCGAUAAUCAUCGGGAGGAACUACUCAAUCGACGUUCAGUCGUCGAGUCUUCUUCUCCACUCCUACGUCCUUAUUCUUCCUCGCUAUCAUCGAAUUGCGAUCUCGUCGCUUGGAUGGUGGAUCAUUUACAGGAUAUGUAUCUCAAAUCGUCGUUAAGACCAAUGUAUAGAAUCUACCAUAGACGAACUCAUUAUUUGCAGGGAUUCCGAUUAGAUAGUAGAUUUCGUAUUUGUGUAUGAACUAGUCGAUGAUCGGAAAGUUUGAAUGGUCUGUUUAUUAGGGAAUUUUAUAAUCAACAACUGUAUAAUUGAAUGUCGGGAAUCAAAGCUGAUUACAAUUUGGUUUUGAAUUGAAGUGAUGCACCCAAAAUCCAGCACCUUCCUACUUGGUUCAUAGACACGGCCCAAGGUGGUGACCUUGUCGACCAGCUAGACCUAGCCGAGGUUUUCUCAUCAGAUUAUGCAAUCUUGGAUGAGCUGAAUACUCAAGUGAGCUGGAGUGACACUAUCAUGGACGAGCUGAGCUGGACUAAUACUCACCCGGACGAGCUGAGCAAGUUGGUUCGAUCUUCCGAGCUGGUUCGACCAUCAAACCACCCGAGAAGCAACACAGACAUACGUUCAUUGUUCGAAGCAUAUCUUCUAAACCAUGAUGUUUCUUCACGUGAAACCACUUGGAGAAUGUGCUCAACUCAAUUAUGAAACUCCUAGAAGAAGAAUCAGAUCAAACAGAGUUCAGAUGAGGGAGUUAUGCCAUGUACAAAUCAGGUGAUGUUUAGUUCUCGCGAAUUCAGACAUGUGUGGAUCGUCCCGCGUGUGUCCAUAUCCUUCCCAGCAUGGUGUGCACGACCUGAUCAUCACUGCAAGAACCUGGACACUCCAUGAACCUGGACAGUCAAUGAAUCUCGCCAAGUCUCCCUCAAUUUCCGAACUUUGACUAGUCUUGGUCAAUUUUAUAUUUCCUAUGUCUUGUUUUCAUCAUUUCUAUUUUCAAUGUUGCCUUUCCCCACAUAUUUCUUUAUGUAUCUUUGACUCACAAACCUUAUAAAUAUGUGAGGAUCCCAUGAAUAAAAAUCACAUCGAUUUUCUUUUAUCUCUUUUGAGUUUUCUCUUGUUGUUCUUUGCUUAGAACAUUCAUACUUCUCUUGGUGAGGUUAUCUCCAAGUGGAACACUUCGUUGUGUUGGACCGGUGCAUCACAUCCGGCAACCUUCGAAACUCUGGUAGUAUCUUUGGGCUAUUCCGCAUCCCUUAGUGUCACCCCUCGAUCCAUCAGUUCUCUUCGGAGUUCAUAUCCCCUCUUACCGAAAGAGUGAUCCGAUUUUGGGUCUAUCAAGUGGUAUCAGAGCCACUCUUCCGGUAACUCUAUUUCUAUUCAUUUUUCUCAUCUCUCCAUUUCUUCUAAACACUUCUUCAUCUAUCUAUCUUGAACCCGGGCCCCUCAUUACCUCCAUAAAAAAAAUCUAAGUUUAUGCAGUAAAAAAAAAAGAUUAUAUAUAAAAAAAAAGGUUUCAAAGUUUGUUGUUUGUGGUGUGGUGGUGGAAGAGUAAGCCUGAUGGCCGAAGAGAAAUCCGGCUUGAGGUGGUUAAGGCGGGUUCCCUUUUGAAAUCUCUUAUCUUUCUCUCUUGAUCAUUUGUGUUCACUUGGAUUUUCUCAUUGGGAUUCCUUGAUCUGUUCUCUUAGAACACUGAGAAGAAACUUUGUGUAAUCACCAUAAAUCUGAGAGAAACACGUGUGUGGGUGAGGAUCAAACACUUGAGAGUGUGAGAUUUUUAUCUAACUUUUGUGUUGAGAUUUUCAGGUUAAGAUGUUUGGUCUUCUAAGGCAAAGUAGCAAGGAAAAACCCCCACGAAAAACUGCUUCUCAAUCUUCAUUUAAAUAUGCUUUGAAUACUUUUGAUGAGUUUGUUAGUGUGCAGGAAAAGCCAAACCGAAGGUGCAAUUAUAAGGUCAAAACGACCAGAGAUGUGGCUGAACAAAGGAGGAUUUUCAGUCCGUUGGAAGUCCAAGAAUUUUGUGAUAACUUUGUGGAGGGAGUAGCAAAAACUCUCAAGGACGCCAGCAAGAGUCACAAGAAGAGCACAUCCACACAUGCACCUAUAGCUGAGCCAUCUUUGUUCAUCAGUAAGAAAACUCAAGGUGAAUCUGAAAACCAAUUUGAAAAGCUUAAAGAUUUUUCAGAUUCUUUACCCAUUUAUGAUGAAUCUGAUGAAGAGCUAAUUGGAAGUUUGAUCACCUGUGAGGAUGAAUGUGAUCUUCCUUCUCCAAAAUCUGCUUUUAUGAUUGAUGAUGGACUAACCUGUUUUGAGCCGGAACUUCCGAGCAGUCUUGUUCUUAGUUCACAGGAUUUUGAGGAAGAGCCAUUCAACCAUCCACAUCAUGGACGACUUCCUGGCACUAGGACACCUUUGGAUGAUGAUCUAGGUCCUAUCUUUGAUGAGGAGGACGAAAUUGGUCCAGUCUUUGAUGAGGAAGUAACAAGCAUCACAUCCAUAGCUAUGGAGAGUCAUCUACGCUUUGAUCCCGGCACAUCUCCUCCCCCUUUGUCUCCUGAUCUUCAAAAGCACUGUGAGAACUCUGAUUUGUUUAAUUCUCUGCCUGACAUGUUUGUCAAGAUUAGUUCUCAUGAUGUAACUCGUUUUGGUCUUGAAAAGAUGAAAGAAUUUUGUGUUUCGAAAUCUGUUUUUGAAAACAUAAUUAAUUCUUUUAAAAUCUUUAAACCUGAUGAACUUCUUGAUCAUAAAUGUUUUCAAAAUGAUAAAGGCAUCAACUCUGAAAUUAUCUUGACCUUUGAUCAGUUCUUGACACAUAACAAAUGUUUUGAUCAUUUUGAAGAAUCUCUUGAGCUUGAUUUGCAGCUGCUUGAUUUCUAUGCUAGGAAACCGUUUGAUUCAAAUGUUUUCAAAGGCAAUGGUUUUGAUCUGAGUUCUUCUAGACAUACACUGAUCACUGGAGAUUUGUUUGCAUCUUCUCUUGCCUUGGACAGUUUCUUGAUUAAACAGUUGCUGGAACAUAAAUCACUUGAAACCGAAACUGAUUUUUGUGAUCUUGAUUUUUGUGAUUCUGAUUUGCAACCUGAUCUUGUAAGUUUUGAAACUGAUAAAACAUGGCAUUUUCUGAGAUCAUUUCGUGAUCAUUGUUUUGUUUUGAGCUUUGAUGACAUUGUGGUCUACAACACUUUCUUUGAAAAACAUCUUGAGUCUUUGAUAGUUAUUUCUCAAUCUGAACUUAAGCUUGUGUGUUCAGAUGUUGAGCAGGAUAUGCACGUUCUGAAAAUGUCUAAUAUUGUUGCAUGUCUUGAGAAAAUUUUGGUCUGUAAUAUCUACUUUGAUGAGCACCUUGAAAGGCUUAGACAUGUGCUACUUGUUCUUGGAAAAGAUAUUUUGAUGUUUGAUUUGAACAAGUGUCUCUCUUGCACAUUUGAGCCUGGUCUUUUAGUGUUUGUUUUGAGUAUCCAGGAUAAACAGGUUCAGCCUCAGAGAAGAAAAAGCAUUGACCAUGCUCGUCAGCCUGAAAUUUGGAGAUGCAUUGAUACAUCCACUCAAACUGGCCACCUUGGAGAUGCCAGCGACAUAGGUUUAGUCCAAAGCGAAUAUCUCGACGUCCAGAAGGUCUUUCGUCUUGACUCCAAUUUUCCUAGCAAGCCAACUCCCCAAGGAUUUACUGAGGCUUGGAAUCACUUUAAAAUCCUUACGGAGGAAGGAGUUAUGAAUUUUUCAAACAGGCAGUUUCCCAGUCCAUCUAUCUGCGAGUACCCAGAUUUUGAAGCAUAUUCAAGACUUGUGAAGAAGCGGCCUGAGCCAAAGCCGAUCAUAGGAUUCAAGAUGAGUCUCUCCUCUUCCCAGAAAGCUCAAUAUCAGGAAAAAUGGCCACGGAAUCAUGAAGUUAUGAUCCAUUCUCCAAAACCGGCCAAACCUGUUCUACACUUGCUUCAAUGGGAAUCUAGCCAAUCCAAUCAGCUUCCAACCAGACCUUGGCGACCAGGAGAUCAAUCUACACAGUCAGGUCUGACACAAAUCUUUCUCAGAAACUUCUUGGAAGCUAAGUGUUUACUUUCUUCUUCUUAUUUUGAUAUGGUACUUGAAAAUAAACAGUUUUGUGAUGAAGUUAACCAUCUUGAACCGGUACAGCCGAGUAGUCUUGUUUCUUUGACACAGGAACUGAAACUGUUGGAGCAAUCUGUCAGCACUGAAUCAAAGGUGUUUCCUCAGUCCACCUCCUGUCCAAACCAAAAGCACUAUUUGAUGUGGUUUCUCUAGUUAUUUUGGAUGAACAUGAUAAGCAUGAUCAGCUUCCAAAGAGAGCAAGCAUUGGUGAACGCCUAAGGACUUGUGUUCAUGGAACAUGGAACCAUUCAUACUUGAUGGAAAUGGGUUCAGAUCACCAAGGAAGUUUCUGU